CUUUUGCGGGUCAUACCUCCCUUCCUUCGACUUUUUGCGUUGCCCGCUGCUGCUCAGAGAAACGCCGUCAGAAUGCCUUCGGAACAAGGUCACAGACUCUAUGUCAAGGGUCGCCACGUGAGCUACCAGCGCUCCAAGCGUACCGUCAACCCCAACACCAGUCUGAUCAAGAUCGACGGUGUUGAGAGCACUGAGGCCGCAAACUUCUACCUGGGCAAGAAGGUUGCUUUCGUCUACCGGGCCAAGCGUGAGGUCCGGGGCUCCAACAUCCGGGUCAUCUGGGGCAAGGUUACCCGUCCCCACGGUAACUCCGGUGUUGUCCGUGCUCAGUUCCGCCACAACCUCCCCCCCAAGACCUUCGGUGCUACCGUCCGUGUUAUGCUGUACCCCUCCAACAUCUAAAUGACGCCCCUUUUGUUACGUUAGUUGGCAACUCCGGAUUCUACGCGCAGACGGUCGGGCAAGGAGUCGACGGAAUGAGCCGAAUGUUGAGAUGGAGUUGGCGGGUUGAUAAUGUUCGUGGGAGAGGCAGGGCCGGUCAGCCCUACGAAUUAAAAUAAAAGAACUCUUAUCUUCUUUUUUUCAGCAUGGUUAUUGUCAGCCCUUUUCCCCCCUAAAGGCAACGGACGAGCUUGAUAUCCCUGGUUUUUUUAUACUCUAUAUUCAAACCGGCCAAGCAUGCUGUACCUUUUGGGCCGACAACAUGGCUCCCCGUGUAUCUGAUGCUCAUAAACCACAAUCCAUACCAUUUCAACAUAUCGGUA